GGUUACUACAUGAUUCCAUGUGUGUUAUUUCAAAGUUUCAAAGUAUUCUACAAUGUAGAAAUAGUAAAAAUAAAGAAAAACCCAUGAAUGAGUAGGUGUUCUAAAACCUUUGACCGGUAGUGUACAUCUAUCUUUUAAUUCUUAUAAUAAACCGUCCGGGUACAGUGUGGUCAUUAUUCAUUUCCAAGCGACAUGGCAUUGCACAGUUAGUUAUGUGACACGAAUCAAAUUAUCUGAAGUGCUCUUGGUUGUGUUCACCAAAUAUAAUGUAUCACUUACAUAGAUUUAUUUACGCUCUCAAAUAACAUGUAGUAGAAUAUAAAGUAUCACCACUAAAACUCAAAUCAAGUUACUAUGUGUGGAAGGUCACACAUAAUAAGAAUGGUGAGGACAGAGGGUCUAUUUUGGUGAUCCACUCACAUGAGGUCCAGAAUCUAUAUAGUAACCCACUUUUCAUCCCUCCAGCCUCACAAAGACAACUAGUAACGUUACAGUAGCUUUUCUUCAUCUGAAAGGAGACACAGAGAACCACAACCAUGUCUGAAGCGCCGCCAAAACCAAAGUCGAAGAUCUCUGCAUCUCGCAGACUCUUCUUGAAGACCAAGCUGGUGAAGAAGGCCAUGGCUAUGUUGAUGGCUGAAAAGGAGCAGAAGGUGAUUGACAGAGAAAGCACACUGAGUGAACGAGUCCCAGCACUCAACCUCUCUGGGCUGUCUGUACAGGACCUGCAGACUCUUUGUAAAGAACUGCACCAGAAAAUUGAUGUUGUUGAUGAAGAGCGGUACGACAUCGCAAUGAAAGUCUCCAAAAGUGACGCAGAGAUUGAAAAUCUGACCAUGAAGAUCAUUGAGCUGAAGGGCAAGAAGCGACCUCAGCUGAAGAGGGUGAGAGUAUCAGCUGAAGCCAUGAUGGGGGCCCUGCUGGGAGCCAAGAUCAAAGAGUCUGUCGACUUCAAGGCCAACCUCAAGACUGUCAAGAAGGAAGAGGAGAAGAAAGAGGAAGUGACUGAUUGGCGUAAGAAUGUGGAUGCCAUGUCUGGCAUGGAGGGCAGAAAGAAGAUGUUCGCUGCUUCCUAAUAGCCACGGGUGGAACGAUGACAUCAUUAUGACUUCUCAGUGUUAAACUUACAUUAUGACAGUCAAGGAACAGAGUUAGUUUGCAUGGUGUUACGUAGCUACAGAGUCUCUUGCGUUGUUAUGUGUACAUACGUUUUGUGUGUGCACGCAAAUCACAUUUAUAUCAUAUGAUAAUUAUAGUCACUCAAUGGAAAAUAAUGUUUUAUCUUUAUGUAAUAUGUUAUGGAAUGUGGUUAUUAUAUACACUACCGUUUAAAAAUGUGGGGUCACGUAGAAAUGUCCUGGUUUUUGAAAGAAAAGCACAUUUUUUGUCCGUUAAAAUAACAUCAAAUUCAUCAAGAAUACAGUGUAGACAUUGUUAAUGUUGUAGAAGACCAGCAUAUGGGGGUUUCCUCUUCAUUGUUGAUGUUGAGACUGGUGUUUUGUGGGUACUAUUUAUUGAAGAUGCCAGUUGGGGACUUGUGAGGCAUCUGUUUCUCAAACUAGACACUCUAAUGUACUUGUUCUCUUGUUCAUUUGUGCACCG